AUGCUCACUCGUACACGAUCACGGUCAAGAUUGGAAUCCUCUUCAAAGCGCAGUACACCUGAUGCCACAUUAGACGACACAAAGGAAAACGUAUUGCCAUCACCACCAUCCACACCUAAGCGACGACGAUUGCGUGCUUCUCCACCACCAUCGAACAAUCAGACCUUGAAGGCAAAAGAGAAUGUUACAGCACCACCAUCAGCACCAGCAACCAAAUCAAAGGAUACAAAGUCAACAUCAACAUCAUCAAAAGCAACAGCAACAGCAGCAACACCAACAUCAAAAGCAAAGGGCCACGAUGGAGAUGAAAAGAGCAACCAAUACGAUACCAUUUAUCAGGCAGCCAAAGCAACAUUUCGUCGAUCAGCUAUGCCUUCACGACUUGUAGGCCGUGUUCAAGAACGCAACAACAUGAUCAAGUUUUGGGAUGAGCAUGUCAUGACCAAUAAGCCCGGCUGCUUGUACAUCUCUGGUUCACCAGGCACAGGCAAAACCGCCAUGUUGAAUGAAAUCAUUCGAGACUUUGAAGAUCGUGAAUACUCUCACAACGUGCGUCAAGUCGUCGUCAAUUGCAUGAGCAUCCGUGAACCCAAAGGCAUCUACACACGUCUCGUCACAGAACUCAAAUCGCCUCGUACAGCAUUCAAGAAUGAUCUUGUCAAACAAGCUGGAGAACUUAUCAAUGGCAACAAGGAUACCUUAACUGUUGUCAUUCUUGAUGAGAUUGAUCAGCUGGCGACAAAGGAUCAAGAUGUGCUAUACAAGAUUUUCGAGUGGGCCACUUCAGCAUCAUCACGUCUUGUUCUCAUUGGUAUUGCCAACGCAUUGGAUAUGACCGAUCGAUUAUUACCACGUCUACGAGCCAAGAAUUGUGAACCCCAACUACUCAACUUUAACCCAUACCAAGUCGCUGAGAUCAGUGCCAUCAUCAAAGAUCGCCUCUAUUCCCUCGACCCCAACAGCAAACCUGGAUCAUCACCAUUGCCACUUAUGCAACCACCAGCAGUUGAAUUGUGUGCACGAAAGGUGGCUGCUGCUAUGGGUGAUUUACGUACAGCAUUGGAUGUAUGUCGUCAAGCCGUUGAACUCGCUGAGACAGAACACAAGCGUAAGACUGUUCUUGCCGAUCAAAAGCAACCGGGUGCAACGACUGAGAUUGUCAAGGUGUCCAUUGGCCAUGUCAUGAAGGUGCUGCAAACGGUGUUUGGUAGCCCUGUGGUGCAAAAGCUCAAACAACUUGGCUUGCAACAAAAGGUGGUGAUUUGUGUAUUGAUGGCCAUGUCCUGCUCUUCUUCAUCCUCCUCAUCGCAUAAAAAGGAGCAUAUUACACUUGGAAGGUUCCGGGAAGAAUAUGCAACACUCUGCUCCAAAUCGGAUGGCAUGAUCAAACCCGUUUCCAGCACUGAACUCACCGAUGUUCUUUCGAUCAUUGAGACAUCCGGCAUUGUUACUAUUGGCAAACACAAGGAAGAGCGAUCACGUCGUCUUACGGUCAAUAUCCAAGAAAGCGAAGUUAGACAAAUGGCCAAAGAUGUAGCACUACUCAACACAUGGCUUGAAACAAUCCUCCCAUCUUCAAAGUAG